GUAUAGGUCAGGUUGCUCCAUUAGAUUCACACUGGAGAAUUCAAAUCAAGAUGUCGUCGGAUGUUGGCACAACCACACGGGCGCUUUCGGACGAAACACUCGCUCGGCGUCGAUACUUUCGAGAGAAGCAGCGCAAGUAUCGCCGCAAGUUGAUUGCUGAUGGGGCGGCCAUCGAAGCGGAGGUCUUCCACCUUCAGUCGAUCCUUGAUAGUCUUCAAGCCAAGAGUCUGCCGUCCGUGCGUGAUACUCGCGAUGGUCCGUUGUCGUGGCAUUCCAUUGCCAUGGUGUUCAAAAGUGAAGCCCAUCGGGUCUUGACGGUCCGCGAGUCACUGGUCACUCAAACAAAAGAGUUGGAAUUCUUCAAGCGGGCUAUGCGACGCUUUGUCAUGAUGAACAUUGCGCUGCCCGUGUCCCGCAGCAAUACGUGGCCCAGUGCGACGUUGGUAGCCGACCCGAGAACUCGAAACCUAGGCAAGAAGUGGCUCACGCAGCAAAUGUACCACACCAUGCACGACGCGUUCGCGUUGCUUCCUGCUGCGAACCAUGACGAAGAGUUCUACGCAUUGGACUUGCAUGAGUCGGACAAACACGACGAUCAGUUUACAUUCUUGGAACGGCUUCAGUGCAUUUUGCCAGGAACGUUAGCAUCCUUCCGUCGAUUCGUCGAGUCCCAUCGUAUGCGCGAUACGAUGUUUGCGAACUCCCACGAGGUGACAGAAGAGGUGGUGGCCAACACGCGACAGUUUUGCACCACGACGGCCGACGGCGCCUUCAUGAAUACCCUCAAAGGACACUUUUAUGAAGCCGACAGGUUCGUCAUGGUCUUGCGGCACGUCGAAGACGACGAAGCCCAUGCAUGCUACCCUAUGCUGAGGCAGCGGCGCUACCGGUCGUGGACGGAGGUGCGUCAGGUGUCGCCCACGCAUAUCUUAAUGCGGACAGUCAGUCACAUGUCACGCUCGUUUCGAGCCUACGACGGGGUUGUCAGCUCCGAUGAGCUCGCAGUGUUGUGGGGCAUCGACGUGACGGGCAUCGAAGACGACGAUCAGAAGGAAGCGUUCGUGUGGCGCGAACUGAUCCGAUUGGGAAAUGCGCAGUUCUUGCUUUGGCGACAACGGUUCACAGCCUUGAUGCAGGCGUCGUAUUAUUAACCUUACACGACCAUCGUGGUAACCACGAUUGAAGGAGCUCCUGUGAUG